CCUGCAAUGGCCAGAAGAUGAGCCCUGUCAGAAUUCCAUCGGACCCGGCCACGAAGAGAUGCUUCUCGCACACCCUGCCUCGUCGUCUCGUCUCCAUGUCCUACGCUCCCUCACCACCGGAACACGCACCUCGGCCCAACCAUGGCCCCAACGACGCCGAUAGCCACGCCUGGGUCGCACGACUUCCUCCUCCACCACCGGACUCGACCAGACACGCCCAGUCCGUCGCCGGCGCUAGUGUCACCGUCUGGCAGGACCGCCGACGCAGCUCCCAGCGACGACCGCAAAAGAAAGGCCGUGUCUGAUCGGCCGAAUGCCGCCGCCAAGGGUGCCUCGCAACGCCAGAAGAUCACCCGGGCGUGCGAUCACUGCAAGGAGAAGAAGACCCGGUGCACCGGCACCUUGCCGUGCGCGCGAUGCACCCGGCUCUCGCUCUCCUGCGACUACACCGCGGCCUACUCGCGCGGGUUACCGCCUGAGCCUCCUCCUGCGCCGCCGUCGCUCUUGAGCCAGGCGACGAGGAGCCCGCGGGCAGCCCACGCCGCCCAUCAACGAAGUUCUCCCGCGGCGAUCGUCAAGCCGAGACGACUCCCGAGGGGAGGAGUUGCGACGACGACGGCGGCGGUAGCAGUUGAUGGUGCCGGGGGAGAAGAGGGCGGGGGGUCGCCGCGCAACUCGCCGGAACCUGUGACGACGGACUUCGAAGGCAAUUACCUUGGACCGGCGUCGGGUGUCUCGUUCAUCAACCGGGUCUGGCGCCGAUUGCACCAGGAAGACGUGGCCACCGUGCCGGAUGAGCUGCAGCACGAGUCGUCCAGGAAUACCUCCGUCUUCAUGUUUGGCGAUGUGCCUUACUCCAAUUACCAGGAGACCGGGUUUACGCUGCCUCCCUUUGAGCGGGCCCUGGAGCUCGUCGGCAUCUACUUUGACUAUUCCAUCGUCACGUACCGCUUCCUCUAUCGCGGCAGCGUCGUUGCAUGGCUCAAGCAGGUCUACGAGAAUAACUACUCCUUUGCUAAUCUGCCCUCGGGCAACAUGGUCGCCCGCACAGCCGUCGUCUUCAUGAUCUUCGCCGUCGCGCAGCUGUACGAGGAACGACAACCGGGAAGUAAACAGGAUAAUCGUAACGAGAGUGAAACCUGGUACGCCGCAUCCAAAUACAUCUCGUCAAUGGAACCCGGACCUCCUCGGCUUGAGACGGUGCAGUCUAGACUAGGCCAAUGUUUGUAUCUGCUCUCCUCUUCACGCGCAAAUGAAUGCUGGUAUGCCUUUGGCACCGCCUUGCAGCUGGUUACUGCUCUGGGUCUGCAUCGCAAACUCCCCACGAAGCUUUCCAAGAACGGAAACGCCUAUCUGGAACAGGAGCUUCGCAAACGCAUUUUCUGGAGUGUCUACACGCUUGACAAGUAUCUCAGCGUCAUGUUUGGCCGCCCGAGGCUGCUUCACGAUGAAGACAUCGACCAAGAUCUGCCCGAGGAAGUCUCGGACGAGGAUAUCUUGCAAGAAGAUCCACUCAAACGAACCGGAACCGCAGAUAGCAUGAUGACCGCUUCUGUUUUACAUUAUAGACUAGGUCGUAUUCUUGGAGAAAUCUCCCGGCAGCUGUACACGGUCAAUCCGCUCUCGCGGGAUUCCACACUCGAGACGGCGGUGCGUCUAACCUUUGAGCUGGAAAAAUGGAAGGAGAGCGCACCGCCUCUCUUUAACAGCGUCCGGGCCUCGAGCCUUAUCCCGCCGCUUUGCCGACAGAGCCAAGUGCUGCAGCUGGCAUAUUCCCAUGCCAUGAUCCACGCCACACGCUCGUUCCUGCUGAACGAUUUCACGGACCUGAGCCGCCGGCCUCGCGUCCCGGACCCAACGGUGGCAGCGCAUGUGCAGAAAUGCAUCGAAGCUGCCGAAGACGCCAUGGGUCUGGUCGACACGCUGGGCGGGCAGGGGGUGCUGAUCCAGUCGUUCUGGUUCACGCACUACGUGGGCUUCUGCGCCAUCAUCGUCAUCUACAUCUAUAUCAUCCAACAGCACCGGCUCGCCUCUUCCUCUUCCUCGUCGGAUGGUUCUUCCAACAGCGCAACCGACCAGCGCGUAAACCGGCUCUUCGAGCUCGCCGAAUCCUGCCAGCGCCACCUCGCCGAAGCCACGCGCAAGAACUGCCCGAGCCGCCGGUACAGUAUCAUCCUUGAAGAACUGCGUCUCGAGGUCCACCGUCAGAUGCGUUCGCAUCUUCAGUCUUCCACCGCACGUGUCGAUCCAACAGCAGCAUUGUCUCUGCAGAACAGGAAAAACACCAAAUUUCUUGAUUCUCAUGACCUAUUUACCGAACAGCAGCAGCAACACCAGCAACACCAGCAACAACAACAACAACAGCAGCAGCAGCAGCAGGCAACCAAUGCUACCACCUCCCACCCCGCCCCGGCCUUAUUACACCCCUCUACCGGGGCCGACGAGCUGGUCCCUGUGGACUCAACCCCGACCAGCUAUCUCGCACCUUCGACCGCUCUGGACUUCAACCCUGCUGGACUCGAGGAUACGUUCCAUCCCGGUCACGAUAUGGGAGUAUUUGAUAACCUUGAUGGUCCGAUCUGGUGGACCCAGUUAGAUUCAUGGGUAGGUUUUUGUCUUUUUUGUCUUUUUUUUUCCCAAGACAAUAUGCAUAUGCUUACUAUCUAGGCUUUUCAAAAUAUCCCGACCGAUCCAUUCACAUAUAAUUUCUAAUUGUCUUGUCACUGGACAUUUCAUAACCCAUUGUAUUUUUAAAUAUAUACCCCUAACCAUAAG